UUUUGCGUAUUGUCCACAAUCUGGCGUGUAGGAUUUUGUUAUUUAGAUUUUUCACACAUCGAUACUGCCUUUCGUCGUCCCCAACUGCGCCUUGUUUUAACUGAUCGCUUGUCUAAUAUCUAUCAUCAACCCAAUAUCACACCAAAGGGCUGCGUUGUCGCACGUUCCUUUCUGGAUAUAGACUUACUAAUGUUGACCAGAUGCUUCUAAGAGGCAGGAUCAAACUCCGAAAGUCAAGCAUCGAUCUCCCAAAUUCAUGUGUAAUGUCUUGGCUAAAGCUCGUAUCGGCGGCAAAUUUAGCACAUUUCACCCUUUUGAACGUCUCCCAAUCGAGUUACAAAACAUUAUUUGGGAAUUUUCCAUCGAACCACGAUUUGUUCUUCACAGAGAACGGGACAUCAGAUCAAAGAGGAAUAGGAAAGGAACGCUGGAAGAAGUUGAUGAUAGCGAAAUCUACCAUGACGAUCUUCCAUCUGAUGAACUUCCAUUUUGGCCUCGUGAAUACAGUCAUCAUAUUGUCAUCGAUUGGAUCACGAUUCCUGGCUGUCGCCAUACACCGGCAAUCUUGCAUGUAUCUAAGAAAGCUAGGGAGGUCGGGCUUCGCCAUUAUAAAGCACAAAAAUCGUUGCAAGUAAUUCUCCAGGAACAUGACCCGCCUCGAUUUCACAACCGAUUAAAAGGCAGAGCCCAGUUCAAUUUAAACUCAUCGAAAUCAAUGUAUCUCUCCCAAAAACAUGACUUGCGGUGCUGGGAAUCUUAUUUUUAUUACAACAAGGUUUAUGAACCUCUUCCAAUUAUGUCCGUCGACGUGCGGGAUUUUAUCCACGGGUUUCUCCAUCAACUGGUGACCUUGAGAACUUAUAACCGAUUUAAAUUUCGUGAACGAUUCGUUCCUGAAGAUUUUAUUGGCGAUGAGAAAUCGCCGCGGAAGGAGAGAGCGACAUUUAUCAUUGAUAUGUCACCAAACGUCGAUAACGAUUCUCCCAUGGAUAGGAGGGAAGAGUUCAGGCAGUUGGUAAAGGAAUUACGUGGCUCCAAGCAAGUAGUUAUGCCGUAUUUCGACGCCGCAGGUAUUCAAAAUUAUCGCACAAUCAACUUGAAGUAUAGUCGAUUCGGCUUUUGCAAGGAGUGUCUGAAGGCAACAGAGGAUGUUGCUAUUGAGGCGGAUAUGGAAGCCAACUUAGAAACUUGGGCUAAGCCAAAGCAUUUACGUAAAGAGCUUCGAAAGUUGAAAGGCUCAAUAUUACAUAAUAAAUGCAAGUCGUCAUGCGAUUUAACGUGGGGGAUUCCCUACUAUAAUACUGCGGUCGGUCGGCUGGUGAGGUAUGGGGUGCUAAUCCUGAGCAUACCACUCAUUCCGUUCCUGCUAUGAAUAUCCCGAUAUUUAUACCACCCGCAAGAAUGUCGGUUUGCAUCCUCAUUGGAAAUCUUGGAAAUAUAUGCAGUCGUUCCAAGGCUUAGGCUUGUGCCCACCCGAGGUUUAGAGAAACUGAUCAAGAUUUCUUCAUCUUUUUUUUUACACCUUCCAGAAUCAUUCUAAGCUAUCUACAAACCAUAUUCAUUCGGAAUCUUCUGCGAUCUCGAAAAUACAUUCACUAUGCCGUAUUAAGCUUUUGGGCGUCUGAUUCAGCUUCCGGACGGUUUCUAGAAAUACUCAACUUUCAUACAUCGGGAUUUAAAAUUUACAGAUUUAAGGCUCUAGACGCAAGACUCAAUCAUUCAGGUUCGCCGAAUCGCAUGCGAAACAACUCCUCAAGUGGCGUCGGAACUUAUCACGCUUCAAAAACUCUUGGAAUCGCUAAAGGGGGCUGGACUCGCGUAAGUAACUUUAAUUGGGAAUUUUAGUAAAGAUUUGUUUGUUCGUAUCGUUGUUGCAUAUUAUUACAUUGUACGUUCUGGCACAAUAAGGGCUUGGGCAUUUGGAGACCUAUCAUGAGGAUCUGGAAAUUGGUGGAUUCGCUUGAGUGGACAUCUUUGCACGAUAAGGAAAUCGCAGGGCGAAUUAGUCUUUAUGCCUAUAAGAGGUUCCAUUGAAGAAGGAGUAUAAGUCUAUUAUAUGCUGGUUUCGUCACUCAUUUAGAC